UUUUCAUUCUAUUAUUCUUGCUACCUUCCCUGUCCGGUCAUCGGAGUGUGGGAUGUAGGAUACUUAAGCACGGAAGGGGGUAGCUGUUGGCAUUGUCCCCAACCUGCACUUCAAUCUCAUACCCUGCCUCUAUUUCGGCAGUUCUUCGGGCAUUGUUUGCUCUCGUUGAAUCAUGAGUGCUACCAUCGACGAAACUGACGCGGUGCGACCGGCAGCCGGAUUCGGUCGUCCUUCGAAGGAUUUGGACAUCGAGAAGACCCCAAACCAUCUCCACGAGACCAACAGUGAUGGCGAUACAAAAUCUGUCGAAUCUGAGACGUUUCAAAACGGUGUUCAGCGUGUGCGCGCCAUAACGGAAAUAUGGGGCAAGAAGACUUUGAUUACCAUGUUCAUCUUUCUUUACCUGAUCGAAUUCGUCGCUUUCUUGCAGAACGCCAUUGAUGCUGCGCUCAAUCCGUACAUCACCUCCUCGUUUUCCAGGCACGGUCUUCUUAAUGUCGGAAGCAUCAUGUCUACGGCUCUAGCUGGCUGUAUCCCCCUUGCCACGUCAAAGGUCAUCGAUGUCUGGGGCCGUGUUGAAGGCUUCUUUUUCAUGCUCAUCGUCGUCGUCGUGGGCAUGGCUUUGAAGGCCGGUUGCAAAAACAUGGAAACAUACAUUGCUGGCCACGUUCUUUACUGGGCUGGUCACAUUGGCGUUCUCUAUGUCACGGAUGUCAUGGCUGCCGACAUCACCUCCCUCAAGAACCGCAUGAUCAUCUUCACUAUUAACGGUACUCCUCGUAUCGCCAGUACCUUUGCCGGUCCCGCCAUCGGUGACCUGUUCAUUAACCAUGGCAACUGGCGAUGGGCUUUCGGUGCUUUCAUCAUAAUUUUCAUCGGAUGCUGCUUGCCGGCCAUGGGCGUCAUGGUCUACAUGUAUCGCAAAGCCAAACGCGCUGGCGUUAUCCACAAGCAGAGGUCGAACCGCACUGUGCUACAGUCGGUCUGGUUUUACUUUGUGCAAUUUGACAUCACCGGCAUUUUGCUGAUCAUGUUUGCCUUUUGUCUUUUCCUGCUGCCAUUCAGUCUCGUGUCCUAUGCCCCCAAAGGUUGGAAGACUGGAUACAUCAUCGCCAUGAUUGUCCUUGGCAUCCUUCUCUUCCCCGUAUUCGCCAUUUGGGAAGCAAAAUUCGCACCAGUCCAGUUCUUACCAUGGAAAUACCUGAGGAACGGUACUAUUGUCGGCUCUUGCCUCCUUUACGGUGUCAUGUUCGUCUCCAUCUUUUGUUGGAACGCCUACUUUAAUUCGUACUUGCAAGUGGUUCACCGACAGAGUAUUACCCACGCCGGUUAUAUUCUCAACUCCUUCUCGCUCGCAUCGUCCGUCUUUAGUCCUUUUGUUGCAUGGUUCAUCAGCUGGUCUGGAAAUUUCAAGUGGACCGCUUACGCCGGUGUACCCGUUACACUCAUCGGCACCGCGCUGCUGAUCCCAUUCCGUACGCCAUCCACCGCCCCUGGUGUGCUUGCUUUGACCCAGGUUCUUGUCGGUCUUGGUACUGGUAUAUUCUCUACCUGCGCUCAACUUGCCGUAAUGGUGCACGUUACCCACCAGGAGAUCGCCGCCAUUACAGCUAUCUGGGGUCUCUUCGGUAGCUUCGGAUCGUCCAUUGGCAAUGCCAUUGGUGGUGCCAUGUGGAACAAUCUCCUGCCCGCGGAGCUAUUAAAGCGUCUCCCCGAAGAGCAGAAGGCCAACUACAGGGCCAUAUUCGGUGAUAUUGUUCUGCAGAUGUCUUUCCUCGAUGGCACUCCGGAGCGUGACGCAAUUGUUGGCGCCUACGGAAGUGUCAUGCGCAAGAUGGUUAUCACUGGAGCUGUGCUAGUUCCACUCUGCUUUGUUUCCAUCUUUCUCUGGAAGAACGUCAAUGUCAAGAAGUUGGAGGAGGAGGGUGGCAAGCAGACCAAAGGCACGGUCUUCUAGAUGCUGUAACUUCAACAAACAGCACAUCACUCAUGUCGUAGUUAGAUUUUGGGUUUCGUUUCCUUCGCUAAUACCCCG